AACACUGGAAUCCAUUACUGAAACAUUGAGUUGAGAUGCAGAGUAGUAUGGAAGACGAUCUGCAACCUCUAUAUUUCUAUGGUCAUCCCCUAGUCCUCAACCACCACCCCAACAACAUAAGCGAAAAAACUCACUGCUCAGCUUGUGGGGAUCCAUUAUUCUCCACCCAAACCUCUACUCCGCCGCCUCUUCCUACGCUUCCUCCGCCUCCGCCGCCAGUUACUACGCUUCAUCCGCCUCCGGUGCGUAUUAAUACGUUUCCUCCGCCUUCGGUGCGUAUUACUACGUUUCAUCCGCCUCCGCCGCCUCUUCCUACGCUUCAUCCGCCUCCACCGCCUCUUCCUAUGCUUCCUCUGCCUCCGAAUCCUCCGCCCCCUUCUGACGAGACGUAUUAUUAUUUUUUCCCCACUAGUAGAGAGGAACGUGAUGAUGAAUUUGAUCCUACGCCUCUUCCUCCUCCUAUUCCGUCUUUUGACCCUCCGCCCCGCCGGCGGCAUUUUGGUCGUAACACCUUUAGUUGCGAGGAAUGCGAUCAGUUUCAUCUCCAUGAAUCUUGUGCAAUGGCGCCUGUAGAAUUUUCCCAUCACCCUCUUCAUUGGGAACACCCUUUCCUUCUUCUUCGAGAAGAUCCGGGUUCUUCUUGUGAUUUAUGCUUGGAAUCGGGUAAGCAUUUCAUCUACCGAUGCCCUUCUUGUGAUUUCUCCCUUGAUUUCAAAUGUGCAUUACUGUCUCAUGGUCAAAAGUUUCUUGAAUUCAAAUACAAUCUCCACCGUCAUCCAUUGCUCUUCAUCGAGGAUCAUAGGGAUGUACUGAAAAAAUUUGUUUGCUCCGCAUGUGAGGAACCUUUGGUAGAUUCCGUAUAUGUUUGCAUUGAUUGCAGAUUUUAUGUUCAUGAGAAAUGUGCUGAAUUACCCAAUGUAAUCAAUCAUCCAUGUCACCGGUUACACCCUCUGGUUCUUAGUGGCAAUUCAACUAGAUUUUGUAAGCUUUGCCAAGCCGAACAUCGUGGACACUUUUAUCGCUGUUCCCCUUGCGAUUUGGACAUUCAUGUCGGAUGCGCUUGGCCUCAUCCUGUUAUUGAAGAUAAAAGUCGCCAUGAACACCCAUUCAAUUUGUUUUGGAGACAAGGAUCGUUCAUUUGCGACGCAUGCGGCACCGAGGGUAACAAUCUUUGCUAUAUAUGUUCCGUAUGCUAUCUCCAAGUUCAUAAGAAGUGCACUUCUGUGCCGCCCGUCAUCAAAAUCUCACGACACAACCACUGUGUUUUUCACAAGUAUCUGAAGCAAGAAACGAUGGUGGGAAAGGAAGAGUGCAGGAUUUGUCAUCAUGAAGUGAAAAUGGAGUAUGGGUGUUAUUGUUGCUUGAGGGAGGAUUGCAAUUACUUUGCUCAUGUGAAUUGUGCUACUGAGGAUACGGAUCUGUACUACAUAGUUGAUUCAGAAAAUCUAGACAAGUUGGAUGAAGAACCUAUCGAAUCUGCAAUCACUUGUGUUAUUGAGUGGAACGAAAACGGAGAUGCAACGAAGAUAAUACAUUUCAGCCACGAGCAUUGCUUAGUAUUAGAAGACAUUAUAGAGGAGGAUGACAAACAUUGUGAUGGAUGCACGCUGUCGAUCUUGGGUUCAUUUUACUCUUGUUUGGGAUGCAACUUCCUUCUCCACAAAUCUUGUGCCGAAUUACCUAUGAAGAAGCACCAUUGGUUUGACAUACACUUGCUAAACCUCGAAUCCAAUUGCAUUUUCACAUGUGAUAUCUGUCUUCAACAAUGCUGUGGUUUCGUCUACAACUGUGACGAAUGCGAGCUCUCAUUUUGUCUUAAAUGUGCUACGAUCCCUGAUACCCUUGAUCACCCAAGCCAUGAACAUCCUCUCUUCUGGGAUUCCAAAUAUAAAGGGCGUUGCAAUAUUUGUGGUCUAUGGGUCUACAAUGCAUACAGAUGCAAGAGUUGUAAGUAUGCUGUGCAUUUCGAAUGCAUUACGCUUCCGGACAUAGUGCGACACAAGUGUGACAAACACUUUCUGAAACUUUGUUACCGUGACAAAAGCAAUGAUCCGGAACAACACUUUUGUGAUGUCUGUGAAGAAAUGAGAGAUCCCAAUGAUUGGUUUUAUCAUUGCUUCACGUGCGAUACUUCUGUUCAUCGAAGAUGUGCUCUCGGAAAAUAUCCAUUCGUUAAGGCCGGGAUCACGUACAUGCACGAGGGUCACUCACACCCCCUCAGGUUUGUUAGAAAGAAGUAUUAUUACUCGAGAUGCGUUAUAUGUGGUGAGUUUUGCUAUGAUUUAGCUCUUGAGUGUGAUAUAUGCGACUAUAUUGUCCAUUGGAAUUGUAUAACUCUGCUGUUAGUGGCAGUUAGCUUGAUAGGGACCAAGGAUGUUGUCAAACGAACUACAACUUAUGUAUUUGUUUUUAAUUUGAUUAAUUCAGGUGCAGUUUCUUUGUUUUGCUAA